UGCCUCUCGUCCUAUAUAAGCCACGCCACGAUCGCUGCAGAUCCGUCAGAAGCUGCUAGGCAUUCAGAGCUAGCUAGCUCCUGGUUUACUGAAACCGACGAGUCCAAGUCUCCCGUGGUGGUGUUGUCUACCGAGCUGAGCGGAGAUGGACAGAGUCCUCACGUUGUUCGUCGUCGUAGCGGCGGCGUUCUUCGCGCCGGCGAAGGGCUGGAACUACGGGACGGCGACGUUCUACGGCGGGGCCGACGCCUCCGGCACGAUGGGUGGCGCGUGCGGGUACGGGAACCUGUACCAGGCGGGGUACGGGACGAACACGGCGGCGCUGAGCUCGGUGCUGUUCAACAACGGCGCGGCGUGCGGGCAGUGCUACCUGAUCAUGUGCGACAGCAACGCGUCGCCAUGGUGCAAGGGCGGCGCCGCGGUGACCAUCACGGCCACCAACUUCUGCCCGCCCAACUGGGCACAGCCCAGCAACCGCGGCGGCUGGUGCAACCCGCCGCGCCCCCACUUCGACAUGGCGCAGCCCGCCUGGGAGCGCAUCGGCGUCUACAAGGCCGGCAUCAUCCCCGUCCUCUACCAGCAGGUGACGUGCUGGAGGCAGGGAGGGAUCCGGAUCACCAUCGGAGGGUCCACGUUCUUCCAGCUGGUGAACUUCGCGAACGUGGCCGGGAGCGGCUCGAUCCGGUCCGUGUCGGUGAAGGGGACCAAGACGGGGUGGAUCGCGCUGAACCGCAACUGGGGCGCCAACUGGCAGUGCAACUCGGCGCUCGUCGGCCAGGAGCUCUCCUUCAUCGUCACCUCCAACGGCGGCCAGACGCUCUACCUCAACAACGUCGUGCCGGCGUGGUGGCGGUUCGGCAUGGCCUUCGCCAGCAACUAUAACUUCUACUACUGAUCGAUAGCUAGCUCGAGUGGGGCCAGGCGCAGGGGUGCUUUUGGUUGUAUGGAUGACGUCAAUUUGUUCGUUCCUUUUUUGGGGCCGGGGUUACUUUGUACAUGUACAUCUUGUUAUGAGAAAAGAAAUAUAUUGAUCAUUUCAGUAAA